CGAGAAAAUCACGUAACAUGCAGUGUCAAGGUAACGAGGGAAACGGCACUAAAAAUGACAAGGAUAUAUGGCAACACUGAAUCAGUGCCAAACGACUGUCGGCUUCCCUCUAUGGAAAUCCAAGUUUGGUCCCGCACAAACGCCUUCCUUUCCGAGAAACCGGACGUAAGUGCUGAAGGUCGUGAAUUAAACGAAGUAAACAAUGUCUCUUGUAAAGCCAGCGAUGAGAGGCCUUCUUGCCAAGCGUUUGAGGUUUCAUUUGCCCAUCGCCUUCGGUCUUUCCCUUGUGGCAGCAGCCGGCUUCAAGUACACAGUAACAGAACCCAGGAAACAGGCUUAUGCUGACUUCUACAAACGUUACGAUUCGAUGAAGGAGUUCAGUGCCAUGAGGGAAGCUGGUGUUUUUGAAAGUGUCAGACCCACUGGAAAAUAAACCACUGUCUUGUUAUGUUCCCCCUUCAUUCCUCCUCUACAACUGAAUCUUUAUGAGAUUAUCAGAUAUGAACACUGAUGUCUGAUGUUCUUAUUAAUACACAAAUAAACUAUUGACAGCCAUCAUGCUGUAGUGAUUUAUUGAUGCUCGUUUAUGAAAAUAAAUGUUGAAACCUGAUCUUGUCAACAUGUUUCCCCUAUUUUGUUUAACAUGAAAUUAUGGAUGUUUUACUAUGUUUUAAUUACAUAAAUGAAAAAUUAAAACCUCUGAAUUUAAUCCCAAUAUAGCAGUAAUGUUAUGCCAAAGUCAUGUCUAAAAUAGUUUUUUCCCCCAAGGCAUUUUCAAAGUUUUCUUUAAAGAAACGUUUUAAUUUUUAUCUUUAAAAACUUUUUUUCUAUGAUGUUGAUUAAACAAAAUGUUGUUUGUACUUUUGACCUUUAGGAGAAACCACAUGCUCACAUUUGCUUUAUACCUUAUAUCCUUGUAUUUUAUUAAUGGAAUGAUACUUCUAUAAUGGUUCGUUUUUUAAUUUUAUCUUUCUCAUACCACAGUAAUUUUGAAACUACAUUGGUGUGCCAUAUUGAUGCCAUCAUCAUUGUACCAGGAGAUCUCCACAGUAUUUUUGGGUUCAGUUUUGAGGUCUUUUAUUUUGACGUGCGUUUCCCCAGUGUUCUACUGCACAGGAAGUGCUAUGAACAAGAAAGCGGAAGUUGUUGUUGACGGACCAACUUGUGUUAUAAUGUAAGCCUUCUCACGGCCAAUGUAUAAUGCGAAUGAUUCGUAAUGUCGUAUAAACGCAGUUUCUUUCAUUCUCACUGAUACGACUGCUUGUGUACUCUGGGUGGAUCUGUGAUCUGCAUCCGUCUUCAGUCUGAGCGCUUCUCCUUCUUGCACUAUAACUCUAAACACUUGUAAGACCUCCACCUCUCCGUCACCCACAUGAGCGCAGCGUUCUACUCCCGCUGGGCCGAGCGCCAUGCCUGACCGGGAUAGCACCUACCUGGCAGGCGGUGGUGGAGGUGGGACUGGGGUGGGCACUGGGGUCGGGGACGAGGGAGGGUCUGGGACGGGUGGAGAGAGUAGAGUGACAGGGGUGAGCGGCUCAGCGGGCUGCACAGGGAGUAACGGAGGUCCCGGGGCCAUGGGAGGUGGUGGCGCUUUAGGAAACGGGGCUUUCAGCUCCGGUUUGGGACUGGAUGGCGUUUGCCGGGACUUUUUGCGGAACGUGUGCAAGCGUGGAAAGCGCUGCCGCUUCCGCCAUCCGGACUUCAACGAGGUUCCUGAUUUGGGUGUGCAAAAGAAUGAGUUCAUCUUCUGCCACGACCAUCAGAACAAAGAGUGCGUGCGCACCAAUUGCAGAUUCGUGCACGGCUCGAAGGAGGACGAGGAUUAUUAUAAGAAAACGGGAGAGCUUCCACUUCGGCUCAGAGGGAAGGUGGCAGCCGGGUUGGGAUUGUCUCCGACCGAUCUCCCGUUGAGCCGUGGUGAGGUGCCCAUUUGUAGGGACUACCUGAAAGGAGAGUGCCAGCGGGGGAACAAGUGCAAGUUCCGUCACGUCAGGAAAGAUUAUGAAUACGAGGCCCCACCUCGGGGUGGAGUCGGUUGCAUGAUGGGUGUCACCGGUGGCGUUAGCGGGAUGGUGAACCCCGCCGGUGGUGGAGCAGGAGGUGUUGGCAGUGCCUGUGGCGGGAUGUCUGGCCUCGUUGGUGGUAGUGUCGGGAACUACAUGGGAAUGGCAUGUCCUAGUAUUGGCAGCUGCAGAGACCAGGGCAUGUCGGGGGGAGGCGGGGGCUCGAUGAGUGUCUGCAUGUCAAUGGGGACGGCGGGACAUCGGCGCUAUGACAGGGGCCCUUGCUCCAUCUACGACCCUCUAUUCGAGAAUGGUAUGUUUGAAGCAGGGCCGGUGGAGGUGCCUGUCGACCACACAGCCUUCCAGCUGAAGAGACGCCGUUUGGAUGGGCUUCGGUUGACUGAUGGGACCGCUGGUGGACAUUAUGACCUGGGGCUUCAGACCACUCUGGCGACCCGACCGUUAGAGUACCGCUUACUAGAAGAGGAGAACUCCCUCCUGAGGAAAAGAGUGGAGGAGCUUAAGAAACAGGUGUCCAAUCUCAUAGCCACCAACGAGGUUCUCCUGGAGCAGAACGCUCAGUUCCGGAGCCAGGCUAAAGUGAUGACGCUGUCCUCCACCCCAGCUCAGUCUGAGCAGAGUCUGGUGCCCCCUGUUGGUUCUGUUAGCUCCUACAACCAUGGCAUCGCCCAGACACACACCACUCUGAGCAGCGCAGGUCUGCAGCCCCGUCCCGUCACGCAGCAGGAUCUGGUGGCCCCAGCUGGUGCUCCGACUGCCCCUCCAGCCAAUGCGGCGCCCCCUACUGCACCCCCUCCACAUCUGAACCCUGACCCCAUCUCUGCCGCCCUCGCUCAGACUAUCGCCCAGGGCAUGGCUCCACCUGUUUCCAUGGCCCCUGUUGCAGUUUCGGUAGCACCGGUGGCUGUUUCGAUGGCACAACCGCUGCCGGGCAUCACGAUGAGCCAUGCGACCACCCCGAUGGUGUCGUAUCCCAUCGCAAGUCAGAGUAUGAGAAUCACAACCAUGCCUCAUUAGUAUGAGCAGAUGUUUUCAGCAAUAUAUACAUACAGUUUAAAAUCGGGCACCUCUGCUAACACCCCUUUGUUUAACUUACCAAUAACACGGUACGUUUCUCAGGUCAAGGGUCUGUUUUGACUGAAGAAACUUACAGAUUUCUGUAUAGACAGAAUAAGGAUCUUCUCAUAUUUCAGUUUUCUUGCCACACUUUACUGGAUGAUUGCCUUUAAUAGAGCCGGAGAGACUCCUUCGAGAUUGUGGACAUUUAAAGAUGUAAUCGCUGCAGACGGAUUGUGAAUUUACUUGUUAGCUGUCAGUUUUAGUUUUGAUUCUUUUUUAAUAGUUUGUUUUGUGAAUUGCUUUUCUGUGAACUGAUUAUUGGUCUUUUGCACAACAUUAAUGAAUCUGACCCGUUAAGCACCAUUGUUAAUUCUUGUCAUGUUUUACAUACAUAAAAGAUAAAAACAAAAAAAUCAUAUACGGGCAUAAAAUUGUUUAACUUAUUUAUUUUGGUAACUAAAUAGCUGCAUUAUUCUGUCUGAAUAUUGGCCAUGUUUCCUCCACCCAAUCACUUUAUUGCUCUUAAUCAGUUCUAAUGAAUGAACUGUGAUCCUUUA